GCCCUGCGCCCUGCAUACUGCAUACUGCAUACUGCAAUGCGCCAGGGUAGAUGAAAUAUAAACAUGGCUUGCGGACUGUUAAGCACGAGCUGCACCCUUGCUCUCCUGCGAACCCCACGUCAUCAUGCACCACCACAUCGUAGCCCUGGAGUCACAGCAUCAGCCUCUCCCCGCUGACGGCUUCGACAUCCCCAACACGCUCACUGUGUACCAACGCACAACGCGGGAAGAGCUGCACGACCGCAUCCGCGAUGCCACCAUCCUCAUUACGACUACGGUGAAGCUUGACGCCGCCACGCUGCACCCCGAGAUAACGCCCCACCUGCAGUACAUCGCCAUAUCAGCCACAGGCACCGACCCUGUCGACCUCGCCGCUGCCAAAGCACGCGGUAUACGCGUGACAAAUUGCCCUGGUGCGAACCUCGAUGCUGUCUCUGAGCAUGCCAUCAGCUUGUACUUCGCAGCACGGCGGCGCACCGUGCUGCUCGACCGCAAGACUCGGGAACACCCGAGCCGAGUGGAAGAGAGAAGGGCACGCUGAACAAGUACAUGCGGCUCCCCGAUGGGUCGCCCCCCUUGACUUGCAAGGAGGAAGUGCUCGGGGUCGUCGGAUACGGUGGUCUAGGACAGCGUAUUGCGGGACUGGGGCGCGCUCUGGGCAUGAAGGUUCUGGUGGCUGCGCGAAAAACGUCUUCGCCGGGCGGCGCAGAGCCUACACCAAGUCUGGCGAGCGACCGCGUGACGUUUGACCAUGUCCUCAAAAGAGCGACCGUGCUUGUCCUAUCGCUGCCCCGCGUACCGGAGACAAUGAAUCUCAUUUCCACAGCGGAGCUCGCGCAAAUGAAUCCCUACGCCGUAAUCAUAAACAUCGCGCGAGGUGGGAUUGUGGACGAAGCAGCAGUCGCACAGGCCUUGAAAGACAAGCAGAUCGCAGGCUAUGCCACGGACGUAUAUCACGUCGAGCCACUCGACGGACCAGAGGACACGCCCCUUCUCGCCGAAGACGCAAAAGACCUGAACAUCACCAUGUCCCCGCAUCUAGCUUGGUUCUCACAACGCACGUUGAAGAACUUGGGCGACAUCUUGAAAGAGACCGUCGAGAGCUGGGCGAAGGGUGAGGAGAUCAAUGUCAUAGUGUGAACAUUCUCUCAACUUCUCUUGCGGCGCUUUCACAGCGAGAACAGACUUCGCACUCGCCAAACAUAUCACAACGAGCGAAAACACUAGAUUCGCAAUGUAGGAAUGCACUACUACCCUCC